UAAACUUGAAAAAAAAUUUAAAUUACUCACAACUUGCUUACUUAGUGUGAAAGCUGGGCCUGUUUAAUUGAACAGAACGUUGAUACGCUGAUAGAGGAAUUAAGGAAAGACACAAAAGGAUCUCCUUCAACAGCUUUUUUUAAAGACAUAUGCUGCCACCCUGUGGCAGAGUAUAUAGACAGAAGAAAAUAUAAUAUUUCCACUAAAUAAAUUUUCUAAUUUUCCAUGGCACACCAGAUGAUCUGUCAUUGCACAACAAUGGGCCAUGUCCCAGGGUUUAAGACUCAACAAUGAUUUAUGCUAUAGUAAUGUGAAGAAUUGACAGAAACCUAAAGUUUCUAACUAAAAGACUCCCAGGGUUAAAAAAUGUUUUAUAGAGAUGGCCAGAUGUUUUUUUUUUUCACAAUACUAUAGUUUUAUUUAAUUAAGAAAACAAUGCUGUGAUGUAGUGUCUGCCAAAGAGAGAAAAUAAGGUGAGAGGCCCAGAUAGUGCAGCACUCUGACCAGCCUUGUGCCGAUUUGUCAUUAAUGGAUAUACUAACAAACAAGAAAAACACAGAAAUGGACCAAAUGACACAUAAGCCAGCCUUGGUGCAGCAGCCUUUCAAGGAUACAAAAACACUGUUCGGUGUCCCUCCCACAUGAGAACCCUUUUUGGUAGAUGAGUUUACUUUGCCACCUUUUCUCUAGACACCAAACAGGACAAAUCAUCUCCUAAAAGUCUGCCUAGAUAGCAGAUGUGUUUCUGCCGCUGGUAGCAACUGGAAAACAAAGUAAGGCUCAUAUAUGUCUUUUCCUAUUUCUAAUCUUCUACUCCGGUAAAAUCUGACCAAGGACUGAAAUCUGACAGCUGAAAGCAGAGCAAUAUUUUUCUUUUAUUGCUCUAUAGGGGUUUGUUAUUGUACAGUAAGUGCAUGCUCAUAUACUGCUGCUUUUAGUACCCAAAAAACCCCACUAAGGCUUUAAACACUAAUACAGCUGCACAGAAAACCAGUGAAUAGUCUCUUGUAAAACCAGAGAAAGAUGAUGACCAGACAGGCAUUUGUUGGAGAGAAUGAGAGGCUCUGAGGCUUUUAAAAUUACAAAUAGAAUCAGGAAGUAAGAGUUUUCACUAUAAUAUAGGUCUGAUGGAGAAUGAAAAGACUUUGUGUCGCCUCGUGCAUUAGCAUUACUACUGUUGUUCUGUGCCGCUCUGUCUGACUCACAGGGCCUUUGAUCGUCUCUCAAUGGGAGCUCACUGUUUGGAGAUGGCUCUUCAUUGUCAUGGCUCACUUAGCCGACCGCUGUGAAGGGAAUCGUGAUCAACUUCAAGCAAACAGGAAAAACUUAGAUCAUUCCAUUGUGCUCUGUGUGUACCUUACGCAGCACUGCUUAGUUUCUCAUGGUGAUCUGCUGCAAAACCUGUGAAACCACCUCCUAAAAAGACAUCUGUUAAACUCUGAUCAAGAUGCUAAAACAAAACAAGUUAAUGGCUCCAGAUAAUUACUGUUUUUGGUCACUGUGCAUUUGUGAUGGCUGACAUUUAACAGUUUUAAAUAGAAAGAUAGACAAGAAAACGAAAGGAAUAUUCAAAAGUCACAGUUAGGUUGAAUAAACAUUUUAUUAAUUAUAAGUCAAUUUUUUAGCUUUUUUUUCCUCUAUUGGAUGUGGAAUAAAUGAGAUAACAUUAUUGUAAUAUGUAAUGUAAUGUAAUAACAUUAUUGAAGAGAAGAAAAAAACAAAUGUAUUUGACUCCUCAUUUUUGUAGGAAUAUUAAUAACCUGGUAGUACCCGGCAGUAUUCCUUUAUUACCCUUACGGUAGGUCUGUAUUUGCAUCUAUGUAGAUUUUAUGUAUAAUAUAUUAUUAUAUAUUAUUAUUAUUUUAAUAUUUUUAAUUUGUUUUGUUUUUCAUGGCAGUGGGUGCAAAGGUAAUUCCAUAUUUCAGGUCAAUUUGUGUGAGUUAAAUGUGCAGCAAGGCACAGAAUUAAUUAGGCCCAGAGCAUUUUUUAAAGAUUUUUUUCAUCGCUGUCUUUCAUAAAUCUAGUCUCUUAGACCAUUUCCACAUUUUUUUUCUGUUUUGAAGGAACUUGAAUGACUUGCACUAAGCCCCUCACCUCUCAGCCCCCUCAGAACACCUCCAGGUUAUAGCAGAGCAUCGCAGUAUGUUCAUGCAGCAUCAGUGUAGCAUCUCAUUAUGAUUAAUAUACUGUACUGUCUCAACUGACUCAGAUCCCCGCUGAUAGAUACCUGAAGGUAAGCUGGAAACCUUAAUACUUUAUCUCCAGCUAUUGAUUUGACCCAAAGUGACAAAAUCAGUUUAUUGUGACAAGUUGUAAUAGAGGUGGAUAGCUAACGAGACAAGGAAGCUCAGAAAAGUAACUGCACCUUUAAUAUUCAUUAUUUGGUGCGGCAUCAAAACUAACAGAGAUGUGAUGGUGAUGAAAAACACUGUCCGCUUCCCUCACGGUGUAAAUAAGUAAUUGAACAAAAUCCGCAAUGCACUACUGGUUAAUUUUGACAACAUGCUAAAGUAAUUCACAAUCCAGUUGAGAGAAAAAACAGAGAUAAAGCAUGGUGUGGUUGUCCAUUUAAAUGUUACAACAUCAGUGACCAUCUCCUGCCACCAGACAACUGGAUAUCCCAGCUGUCAGUCACACUUCUAAAUUUAACCAUGCAGUACAAAUUGCAGCCUCACACUCAUGCUCAGUCAGUGCCGUACGGAAAGAACAUUUCUGUUGCUCUCGCAGCCCAGUGUGUUACAGCCUUGUCAACUCCAGAGGUGUUACAUCAGCAAAAUACCAUCACAAAAUACUAUUAUUAUUGUUGCAAAGGCAGUACGGCGGUUUAAUAAAGUCAUUCUGUAGCAAACACACUCAGCACAUGUAUUCCCUUUGACCCAGGCUUCACUUUUUGUGGCUGCACUGGGAUCAGUUUAAUGUUUAGUGUCUAAACAUUUCAUAUUUUUUAUGUCAUAAUAAUAGGUUGAAAAGGGAUAACAUGCCAUAAAAAGGCCUGUUGCUAACACCAGUUCUUCUCUUUUUAACUUACUUUUUUAUUUUCUAUUUGCCUUACCUUUGUUUUCAUGUUUUUUUAGGGUUUUCUUUUGUCACAUUAACAAAUGUUGAUUCGCCUUUCUAAUCAUGUUUAAUUGUGGUCAAUGCAAACCUACCCUGUGAUUAACUAGACAAAUGUGUUUGUUUUACAGCCCCAGUUUUGAUAUUUUUUAGUUUUAGUCUCACUUUUAGACCCUAACCCUUAAAUAGUCACUUAAUGUUAUUGUCAGUUAUUAUCUGUAAUUAUACUUCAUAACCUAAAUGUAAUCUCUCUAAGACUGACUUUGGCUGCGUUUAUCUAAGAUGUACCUUUAUUUUGCUUCAAUUCACUUACAUUUUAUUUUAUUAUUUUAAAUACCCUGACAUUUUUAUAUGGCUUAUAAAUGCAUAAGAAAAGCAGAUAAUUCACUGAUAGUUGAACGAAUUGUAGUUUGAACCAAUUUUUGAUAACAUUUGGUUAAAUGCAUUGGUUACAGGAAUCUUUGGUUACAGGAAUCUGACUUCCCUCACAUCAUGUUUGGAAACCAUCAUGUUAAAUUAUGGAUAUGCCAUUUAUGAAUGUUAGACAGGAAGUCGUGAGGCCUUUGGCAUCUGUGACAUGUGAAGUGUUUGUUUUUCCACAAGCCGAGAAUCGAACAGAUGGACUGACUGGUGCAGACAUUAUUGAAUCGACGCCGGUCAAAGGAGCAACAAUAGGAAACCACAGAAUUCUAAUCACACUUCCCAUCUGAUGCAGAGCAGGACAUUUGUCCUUUUCUCCAAACAGAGAGGCAGACACUGUCCCAUGACCAGAGACCAUGACUGAUCUGAAACACUAUGUGGAAAGCACACUGAGGAGAUGAAUAUCAUGGACUUAGAUCAGUCUACAGUCAGCAUCAAUUAUUCCAUGUUCAUGGAAAUGGAACACUGUAUCAUCUGAGAACAUCUCCCUCACCAUCAGCAGACCCACUCAGAUCCAUCUCCUGACUGUAAUUGUCUGUUGCUGCACGUAUCAACAACAAGAACAUAGAAACACUGUUGAAUUAUCUGAUAUAACACAUUCAACACAAUACUACUAUAAAAUAUUUCUCAGCUGGGUUUUAAGUCUGAGGAUAACACAGGUUCCCUGACAACUAGAAUGGAUUAUAAUAUAAGUAUGAACACGUCCUCCGUGGUCCAGUCUGACUGCCCUGAAGUCAGGGUCCCAGUCUCUGUCUUUACCACCAUUGGAUUAGUCAGCCUGGCUGAGAACUUCCUGGUGGUGGUGGCGGUCAUCAGGAACAGUAACCUUCACUCUCCCAUGUACUGCUUCAUCUGCAGCCUGGCAGCAUUCAACACCGUCGCCAGCCUCACCAAAACCUUCGAGACGCUGAUGAUCGCCUUCGCUGACAGUGGCACACUGGAGAAGACGGGUUCUUCCGAGACCAAGCUGGACGAUAUUAUCGACUCUCUGCUGUGCAUGUCCUUCGUUGGUUCCAUCUCCAGUUUCUUGGCUAUUGCUGUGGACCGUUACAUCACCAUCUUCCAUGCUCUGCGCUAUCACAACAUCAUGACCAUGCAGCGCACCAGGGCUGUCCUAGCCAUCAUCUGGAGCACGUGUGGUUUGUCAGCUAUUCUCAUGGUGAGGUUCUUUGACUCCACCUUCAUCAUGAUCUACUUCGUCAUCUUCUUCCUCCUCUCCCUGGCCAUCAUCUGCUUCCUCUACAUCUUCAUUUUUAUGCUGGCUCGCAUACAUGCGCGCAAGAUUGCAUCUCUGCCCUCUAGUGGUGGUAGGAGGUGGCAGUGGCGGGGCAGCAGCAUGAGAGGCGCCCUGACACUCACCAUCCUGGUGGGGACUUUUGUGGUCUGUUGGGCCCCGUUUUUCCUCCACCUGAUCAUCAUCAUGGUGUGUCCCACCAACCCUUACUGCGAGUGUUAUCGCUCGCUUUUCCAGCUGCAUAUGCUGCUGCUGAUGAGCCACGCCCUCAUUGACCCGGCCAUCUACGCCUUCCGCAGUGCUGAGCUCAGACAGACUUUUAGGAGGAUGCUGCUUUGUUCAAACUGGAGGCAGUGUGUGUAGAGAAACCAUUGACUUAUUCAGUGCUCUUUAACUGAUGACUUCUUCACAUUCACUGUGUUCAAACAUUAACACCUUUAAAUACAUCGUUUAAUUUCCUUUUCGUCUUUCAACCUGAUCUCUGAAGCAGACAAAUGUCAUUUGUAGCUUUAUUUCAUUUGUUUGUGAUGUAACUGAGUCGGAGUUUAAAACAUUCUCAAAAUAUUUGAACCUCUUAACUGUUAAUCCUUAAUAUGAUGUGUUCUAUAAAUGGCCAUAUAUAUUUAUA